AUGGCAGCUCGUGCAGGACUCGGCCGGACAGCGGUCUUUGUUUGCGACAUUCAGGAGACCUUCCGCCCACUGGUGGCCAACUGGGACUCGGUCGUCUCGGUCGCCCACACCAUGCUCGGUGCCGCGUCGGCCCUCUCGGUGCCUGUCGUCGUCACCGAGCAGUAUCCCAAGGCCUUUGGCCACACUGCCGCAGAGCUUGAUCUCCCAGCCCCAGGCGCCGCCGCCGAUCUUGACGACGGCACUCUUGUCCGCUCGUUCGAGAAGACCCUGUUCUCCAUGGUCACGCCCGAGGUCGAGGCCCUCCUCGCCGACGAUCUGCCCGAGGUCAAGAAUGUGGUCCUCAUGGGCCUCGAGGGUCACAUCUGUGUCCAGCAGACCGCCCUCGACCUCGUUGAUCGCGGCUACACCGUCCACGCCCUUGCCGACGGCAUCGGCUCGCAGCGUCUCUACGACCGCAACGUCGCCCUCGACCGCAUGCGCGCCGCAGGCGUCGUCGUCACCACCUCGCAGUCGCUCAUCUACGAGCUCAUCCGCGACGCAAAGAGCCCGGCUUUCAAGGCAUGCCUCAACGUCGUCAAGAACCCGCUGCACCCCGACGCCGACCCGCUCCUCUGA